AUGGCUACCGCGAACCUCGUCAAUGCCCAAUUCGACGACAGCGAGGAUGAAGAUGAUAACUUCAACCCCCAACCAGCCGAUCUUUCAGGUGGGGAAGAAGGUGGCGAAUCCGACCACGACAAUGACGCCGGAGCGCAAAUACAGAAUGAAAAUGCGAAUGCCAAACAGCAGGUAGACGAGGAUGAGGAGUCCGACGAUGGGGGCGAUGCGGAUGGUCCGAAACGUGCUUCUGGUGAUCAGGAGAAUGGGGAGGAUGAAGAAGAAGAGGUUGAGGAUGAGGAAGAGGAGGAAGAGGAAGAAGAGGAUGAUGAGGAAGAGAUUACAGGCCAUAGAAGAAAACGCAGAAGAGAGGGCCGCAAUGUCUUCCUCGACGUCGAGGCCGAGGUCGAUGAGGACGAAGAUGAGAAUGAAGAUGAUGAAGACGAGCUGAACGAAAUGAAAAACGAUUUCAUUGACCCCAAUGAUAUCGCAGAUCUCCCAGCUGGCGGCGACACAGAUGACAGGCGACACAGGGAGUUGGACAGGAGGCGGGAAAUGGAGGCAAGUCUCGACGCGGAAAAGCAAGCCGAGAUUCUACGACAACGGUAUGCCAAUAAAGGCCGUUCCGGAAGAGGUCUUGGAGAUUCUGCUGUAGUACCAAAGCGACUUCUGCUACCUAGUGUCGAUGAUCCCAGUAUCUGGGCGGUUAGGUGCAAGGAGGGCAAGGAACGGGAGGCCGUUUUCUCUAUCAUGAAGCGGAUUGAAGAAAGGAUGGGGACUAAGGACGAGCUUGCUAUCACAUCGGCCUUCGAGCGGGGUGGCACACAAUCUACGAUGAAAGGUUUCAUAUACGUGGAGGCUCAGCGUCAAGCGGACAUCAUGACCGCCUUAGAUGGGCUGAUGAACGUGUAUCCACGAACCAAGAUGAUGCUGGUUGAGAUCAAAGAGAUGCCAGACCUACUUAGGGUUACGAAAACUCCUGUACUCGAACCCGGAGCUUAUGUGCGACUCAAGCGACCACCAAAGUACGCUGGAGAUCUUGCCCAGGUUAUUGAUGUUACAGAUAGUGGGCUCGAAUUGAGAGUUCGAUACGUGCCUCGUCUCGAUUAUGGUCUUCAUGACGAUAUAAAUGCACCUGCAGACUCCUUCGGCGCCGCCAAGCGAAAAAGAGCGACUGCAGGCCCUCGACCGCCUCAACGGUUAUUCUCAGAAGUCGAGGCAAAGAAACGACAUGCGAAGUACUUACAAGGAAAUCCGAACACAAAGACGUGGACUUACCUUGGUGAUGAGUAUAUCAAUGGCUAUUGCGAGAAGGACGUCAAAAUCCAAACUCUUAUCACCAAAGAUGUCAACCCGACACUAGAGGAAGUCACCAGGUUUGCAUCUGGUGCAGAAGAUGGUACAGAAAAUUUGGAUCUCAAUGCUUUGGCUGCGAGUUUGAAAGCAAGCACUGCAAAUGCGUCGUACUUGCCUGGCGAUAUUAUCGAAGUCUAUGAGGGUGAGCAGAAGGGCGUUAUUGGAAAAGCGGUAUCCGUCCAAGGCGAUAUCGUCACAAUGGCCGUAUCCGAAGGCGAUCUUAGAGGGCAGACCAUCGAAGUGCCUGUGAAGGGACUUCGGAAGAGAUUUAGAGAAGGUGAUCAUGUGAAGGUUAUUGGUGGCAGUCGAUUCCGAGAUGAAGUAGGCAUGGUUGUCAAAAUCGUGGACGAUCGAGUGACGCUUUUGAGUGACCAUGGCAACACGGAGAUUACGGUUUUCAGCAAAGAUCUACGGGAAGCCAGCGAUUCGGGUGGUAGCGGGUCGCUGGGCCAGUUCGAGCUCUGGGAUUUGGUUCAACUAGAUCCAUCCACCGUGGGAUGCGUUGUCAAGGUUGAUCGGGAAUCGCUAGUUGUCCUAGACCAAAACAACCAAAGACGGACAGUCAUGCCAUCUCAAAUUUCCAACAAGUUGGAGAAACGCCGCAACGCAGUUGCAACUGAUCGCAAUGGUUCUGAAGUUCGGCACGAGGAAAUGGUCAAAGAACACGGCGGAGAAGGUCGAUCUGGGAAGAUUAUCCACAUUCAUCGAUCGUAUCUCUUCCUCCGCAACCCGGCACAAAGUGAAAAUGCCGGUGUUUUUGUCGCGCGUACAACGAGUGUCACUAGUGUCGCUGCGGCAAAGGGUGGCCGGUCAAACGCUACAGGUCCUGACCUCAAUGCAAUGAAUCCGGCGUUGAAACGCAACACUGGAGCUAAUGGUGGUGACAUGCCACCUCCGAAACAAGUUGGUAGGGAUCGAGCUAUCGGCCAGACCGUUACUAUCCGCAAAGGCGUCUACAAAGGAUUGCUCGGCAUAGUGAAAGAGACAAACGAGUCCAAUGCUCGUGUCGAACUUCAUACAAAGAAUAAAAUUGUCAGCGUACCUAAAGAUAUUCUGGCGUUCAAGGACAAACAUACCGGAGCAAGCAUUGAUCCCAACUCCCGAGGAGGUCACGGUGGCAGGGGAGGCUUUGCUCCACGUGGUAGAGGUGGUUUUGGUGGAGCUACUCCUGGCGGAUGGGACGGUGGCCGUACGCCAAUGGCAGGUGGAGUUGAACGUACCCCGGCCUGGGGUGCAGGACGAACACCUGCUGCUGCCAACGGUGGUCGAACUCCAGCCUGGAAGUCCUCUAGUGAUGCCUCUGGUGGUCGAACGCCUGGAUGGGCUGAUGGAUCUCGAACUGUCAAUCCUUACGAUGGUAGUCGAACUUCUUAUGGUGGUGGAAAUAGGACACCCGCGUGGAAUUCGGGCGCUAAGACUCCUGCGUAUGGAAUGUCAGAUGGGUUUGCAGCAGGCUCUAAGACUCCCGGAUAUGGUGGAGGCGAUGCUUGGGGCUCCAAGACCCCAGCCUAUCAACAACCAACUCCAACUAAUAACGACAAUUGGGGAUCAAAUCAACAACCUUCCAAUGGUUGGGGCUCGAAUCCGUACGACGCACCGACACCUGGCGCGCACGCUGCCCCCACUCCUGCAGCUAUGAACGCUCCCACACCUGGCGCCUAUUCUGCUUCUACACCAGCUCCCUACAACGCGCCGACUCCAGCUGCAGCGCCAACUCCAGCCCCUGGAUGGGGGGGCGGGUGGGGUGCGCCAACGCCCCAGGCCAUGGAUGCACCGACUCCUGGUGGGCAGCAAGGCUAUUAUGCUGCACCGACGCCUGGAGCAUAUGGCAUGCCGGAGACGCCUGCGGCUAACUGGCAGGAUGACGGACCUCGUUAUGUUGACUGA